AUGAGCGCCGCACAGGGCUCGCAGACCUCGUUCGCGCUGUGGAUCAUCAACAAGGCCGGUGGACUCAUCUACUCGAGGACCUACGCCGAGGGUCUCGCCCAGCUCAACUCGAACGACUACCUGAUCCUCGCCUCGACCUUCCACUCGAUCCACGCCAUCGCGACUCGGAUAUCGCCCGUGCCCGGCAGCUCGGGCGUCGAGACGAUCGAGGCCGACACGUUCAAGAUGACCUGCUUGCAGACCCCGACAGGCAUCAAGUUCGUCCUCCUAACGACGCCGUCACACCCUGCACCCGACACGGUCCUCAAGCGCGUCUACGAGACCUACGCCGACCAGCUCAAGGACCCGUUCUACACCGUCGAGAUGCCGAUCCGGUCCGAGGCGUUCGACCACAAGAUGGCCGUCGCCGUGCGCGGUCACUAG